UUAGCUGGUGUUAGAAUGGAUGACGACUGCAAUGGCCAUCCUUACAUGUCAGGUAUGGAGGGCAGGGCAUGGACAGUCCUUUGUAUUAGCGGACUUACUGACCUUAUGGUUGUGACAUUAUUGAGAUGACUGAAUGGACUGUAAGUAGGUGUGUGUGUGUGGACUGCAGGCAGUGGAGACUCUUCGAUGGAGAGGGAGUUUUCAGGGGCUGUGGGAGGCCCCACAGUGAGCACCCCCAACAGCCAGCACACUUCCCCCAGCCGCUCUCUUAGUGGUCAGUUCCAAUUAGUCAAUUCCUUUGUUGUAGAAGUAGUAAACUUUAUUAUUCCCAAGGGAGAGUAUGGUAGUUGGUUUUGUGGCUCAGAUGUUUUUAUUCUACUUUAGCAAGCACAGCCGUGUCUCUACUCAUCAUAUGUCCCUCUCCUGGUCUAUUCCCCGUCUCGCUCCAGCCAACUCCAUCAAAGUGGAACUAUACAGUGAUGAGGAGGCGGGCCAUGGCACAGGGCCAGAGGAUGAGAAAGGGGACAAGGUGGAAGAGGGGGGUUCUGAGCAGGGAGGAGAGGCAGGAGGCGGCUACAGGGAGCUGGCCAGUCCGGAGCCCAUGUCACCAGGAGGUGCCAUCCGGCUGCCCAAUGGGAAACUCAAGUGUGACAUCUGUGGGAUGAUCUGCAUUGGGCCCAACGUCCUAAUGGUGCACAAACGCAGCCACACAGGUGACUGACCAAUUAAUUGAGUGAUUGAUUAGUCCUUUAUACAUAAAGAUGAGGUUCGUUUGUGGAGCAGAUCUGCCACGAAACCAGGUUGACAGUGAAACUGAUUUCAAAUUACUCAAACUGGUUUGUACGGGGUCAGGGUGUGUAAACUGGUAUGUGCCUCCUCCAGGUGAGCGGCCAUUCCAGUGCAAUCAGUGUGGAGCCUCCUUUACCCAGAAGGGGAACCUGCUGCGUCACAUUAAGCUGCACUCGGGGGAGAAGCCCUUUAAAUGCCCCUUCUGCAGCUACGCAUGCCGCAGACGGGACGCUCUCACAGGCCACCUCCGCACUCACUCGGGUGAGAGGCAUACACAUACUGUACACACAAAUUAUCGCACACACUUGGGUGAAGAAAAGAGGGUCUGAGUUGAGCCCGUCAAUUCCUGAGCAAAGUACACACAGUUCUAUAUGUACUGUAUUUACGUUAUGUUGACUUUGUCCCCAGUGUCGUCUCCCACAGUGGGAAAGUCCUAUAAGUGUAGUUACUGUGGCCGCAGCUACAAGCAGCAGAGCACCCUGGAAGAGCACCGCGAACGCUGCCACAGCUACCUACAGAGCCUGGAGACACAGAAGCCAGCCAGCGCUCACACUCAAGGUAGUGGCGAACAAACUCACACGCACACAGAGAAACCUAUAGAGCCUUGAUAACUUUUAAAUUUAAAUCACAUUCAUACAUACACACUGCAUGUUAAUGCUUUUAUCUAUGGUGUGAUCAUGUCUUCUAUAGGAGAGGAGCUGAGGGACCUGGAGUUCAUGCCUGACACCCUGCUGCAACCUUCCUCAGACAAGAUGACGUUCAUCGAUCAGCUGGCCAACAGCAUCACCAAACGCAAGAGAUCCACACCACAGAAAUUUGUAGGUCAGCACUUAAUUGGAAUGUGUAAAGGGUGGGGUGAGCAAAGACACAGGUAACACAAAGGGAACAACAUCAUUGAGAUCAGGUGUCUGUUUAAAAAAGACCUACCUGCACAGCACUAGUUUCUCUCUGAGUUGUGGUACAGUGUGAUUCCAUGUCUUCUAUCUGCCCUGCAGGACAGAAGCACAUGCGCCACAAUCUGGCUGACAUGCCUUUCGAGCUCAGCGCUGCCUUUGACAAGGACGGGGAGACACACCACGGUGGUCUGGAGCAGCCACACUACACCGGCCUGGGAGGAGGCUACCUGGGGGUUCCAGGAGGUGGUGGAUCUGAAGGCCUCCGACCCCUACAGCUGCCCCCCCCUCACCCCUCGUGUCUAUCGGAGCUCCGGCCAGUCAUCAGCUCAGCUCACACCCCCAUGGUGCCGCUGGGGCCGAGGUUGGACUGCACGGGGGCCGGGGCUGGCCUAGGGUCCACAGGAGUGGGGGGCAGGGAGGCUGCAGAGGGCCACGAGGACCUACCUCCUGCCCGUAGCCAUGCCCCUUCGCCUAUCAACGGUUGCCAGGACUCCACAGACACUGAGAGCAUGCCGGACGAAAUGUUAAGCAGUGUGGCGCCUGCCCUGCCUCUCCACAACAACGAUAAUCACCACCACCUCCACUCCAACCACCACCCUCCCCCUCCGCCCCUACUGCACCGCAGGGACAGACACAGACACAGCCCAAGCCACUCCAAAGACAGGGAAGAGGGUGACAACUCUGCCAUCCCCCCGGCCCCAGGCUCCCCCACCUCCAGGGAGGCGUUUCGGGUGGUGGACGGAGAGGGGCACGCGGUGCGCUCCUUCCGCUGUGAGCACUGCCGCGUGCUUUUCCUGGACCACGUCAUGUUCACCAUCCACAUGGGUUGCCACGGCUUCCGCCAGCCCUUCGAGUGCAACAUCUGCGGCCAUCGCAGCCAGGACCGCUACGAGUUCUCCUCGCACAUUGUCCGCGGGGAGCACCUGCUAGGCUGA